AUGGUGUAUUCUGAGGUGUUUGCAGGUGUAUCUCAUGUUCUGACUCUAGUGCUAGAAGAACUGAGUUUGCUCUGUAAAAGAGAUGUCAAUGGUGUUGGCAUGUUAUAUGACCUGCUGCGAUCUCGCUGGCUGCAAGCACUUUUAAAGAUCUAUGAAUGCCUCCAACACUAUCUCGGAAAAAGACCAGUUCCUGUCACACUGCAGGCACGUGCACUGAAUCGUGAGGUGGUAGAGUUACUGCGUGAAGCCCCUCAGUCUGGAGAGAUCAAAGAGCUAAGACGACUACUGCGUGCUCCACACUUAAAGGCCUUGCUAUCUGCUCAUGAUACUGUGGCCCAGAAAGAUUUUGAACCAACCCUUCCACCACUGCCAGACAACAUACCUGAAAAUGAGGAAGCUAUGAGGAUUGUCUGCUUAGUGAAAAACAACCAGCCUCUGGGUGCCACCAUUAAACGCCAUGAGGUAACAGGUGACAUAACGGUUGCCCGUGUGAUCCAUGGUGGGCUAGCAGACAGAAGCGGGCUGCUGUAUGCUGGAGACAAACUGGUAGAAGUAAAUGGAGUUCCCGUUGAGGGACUUGAGCCUGAGCAAGUUAUUAAUAUUCUGGCCCUGUCUCAGGGGACAAUUAUGUUCAAAUUAAUUCCAGUUUCAGAUCGGCCUGUCAGCAAUCAAACAACACUCUAUGUGCGAGCAAUGGCAGAUUACUGGCCCUUGCAAGAUCCUGCCAUACCAUGCGCUGAUGCAGGUUUGCCCUUUAAGAAGGGUGAAAUACUCCAGAUUGUGGACCAGAAUGAUAUGCUCUGGUGGCAGGCCAGGAAAGUUUCAGAUCUCAGUGCCUGCGCUGGACUUAUACCCUCAAAUCAUCUUCUUAAAAGGAAGCAGCGAGAAUUCUGGUGGUCUCAGCCUUUCCAGCCCCAUCUCUGUCUCAAAUCAUCAAUGUUAAGCACUGUGGAAGAAGAAGAUGACAUGCAGAUUGAUGAGAAGUGUGUGGAAACAGAUGAAGAAACAUUUGAGUCUGAGGAGCUUAAAGAAGAAGAGGAAGAAUUUGGUGAAUUUGGUCGAGUCUUUAUUGCUGGUUUCCGUAGAAGUAUGCGCCUGUGUCGCAGGAAAUCCCGGACCAACCAGCAGUCAUGUUACACUCGGUGUCCCAGCAGCUGUUACAGUGCUCUUGCAGCUCCGUAUGAAGAGGUUGUUAGGUACCAGCGGCACCCAGCAGACCGGAACAGACUAAUUAUACUAGUGGGUCCUGCAGGAGUUGGUGUGAAUGAGCUAAGGCGAAGGCUUAUCGCAAGUAACCCACGAGAGUUUCAAAGUGCCAUACCUC